AUAUAAUUCUGGGAAUAUAAGUUGGGAGGUCUAAGGGCUGAUCAAGAAGAAUCGGACGCAAAUCCAAGUGGAGUUCUUCCAAGCCUUGAUGUCGGUGCUCCACAUUGGCGUAUAUAUACAAUCUGCGGGGAAGCAUCAUUUCUUCCUUCAUCAACCACUUUCUCUAAUCAUUUUCAUCUGAUCGCAACUUUGGUCACUUUCUCCAAGUUGACAACACAUUCAUUUCAUAUAUCAAAACAUUCUUUCCACGUUGAUCGUGUAACACAUCUUCUUUAUUUUUCUUUUUUUCACGCGCAGGACGAAUAGCGAACACUAUCUUUGACCUGAUCAAUUAAACAUUAUUACCCAAUUAUAACCAUGAAGUUUACAGCAAUCUCAACUUUCCUACUUGCGGGUCUUGCAUUCUCAGGCAGCGCAUUAGGCUAUACAUCUCGUCAUGUGCAUCGUCGUGCAUUAGGACCACGUGCGAGUAAUAUUGCUCGAUCUCCAGAGAUUGUCAACUUGAACAAUGCUCCAGUACCCACCUCUCUCGCAUUUUUCCCUCGCCAGAAUAACACCAAUAAUGGCGCCACCGCACCCAACAUUAACGCACAAUUAACCUUGACUGCCGUUCCCGCCAACACCACCACGGUUUUAGUCUCUUCAACCUCAACAGGUCCCGCCCCAACCGGAACCGCAGCGGCUGUGGGAGGCAUUCAACCUCCAAAUGUCGAAACUACAACUGAUUCAGACAGACCAUUCUCGGUGAACGGAAAUACAUUUACGGAUAUUGAGGAUGCUGUUGAUAGGUCAUGUGCAAUUCAGCAUAAUGCUUGCGCGGAUGCGAUUAAUAAUGGGAAUUUGUCCGGUGUGGAAAUUAGUGAUUGUGAUGAUCAGCUUUCAAAGUGUGUUGCGGCUGGUUAGAGGUGAACCCUUAGUUGGUUGCGAAGUGGAGUGGAGUAAAGAGGGAGAAAGGAUCUGGAGUUAUAAUAGUUGAGCUAUCACUCUUUAGUUUCCCUUCAAUAAUGACCUCGAUAUAUUCCUCGAAUGCCAGUGCAGUUGUCUUACCAAAAAUGGAUGUACAAAUUACAACACGCUCAACUGAACCUAUAUGUCUCACUUCAAUCAUCCGGAAUAGGAAGUCGGCGGCCAGGCUCCUAGUAUCCCAGGAAGUGAAUCGAGCAUUGUUCAGAUAAGAAAGCCAGUUGAUUUAAUUCCCAUG